AUGAAGUUUGAUGGCUGGGUAUCUCUCCCGUUGGACAACCGUAUCCGUGUGGAUAAUGCCCGCGAGCCUUGGACAAUUGCUAUUGUUGGAGAACUCUUGACCAAGGGUCGUAAGAAGGCAAUGAUGGAUGGCAAGGGUCAUAUACAAGAGAACCUGAAGCAAAAGGCCAAGGAGGCCAAUGUAAGUCCCACAAAGUCCAUACAGCAAGUUUUUACUAACAGAUCCCAACUCGAAGCAGUACCGACAUCUCCAAGUGGUCUCAUCGAACAGCUCGCCCAAGUCGUCAACAGCGAAAUCCCUCGUAUCAGCUUCGACUACUUCACCAUGCACAACAUCGCCUGGUCUCUCCUCACAGAUCUCAAGCGCGCUUUCACCGCCGAAGUCAGCCCCGAGUUCCUCAAAUACAUACCUUCCGAGGACCAGCUCCCCUUUGUAGUAGGCUAUGUCUUCUCGACGGCCGCAGGACACGGAAGCACCGAUGUCCGAGAACGCGGGGUGGGCAAUGAUAGGUUCCUCAACGUGGCGACGGAAGUCAUGGACGAGUUCUUACACGAGGGCAAAAGGAAGAUUAUCAAGGAGGCGAGGGAAACGGAGGUUGAGCCGGAGGAUGUUGAGGAUGUCGAUGUUGAUGGUUCCGAGUUGUGGGGGCCGAGGAAGUUCAAGAUGGAGCAGUUCAGGAGGGAUGGACACUUGGGGGCAAGGGCGAAUAAUGCUGAUGUUGCGGAGCUCAUGAGACUAUUGCAGAUGAUGGGUUGA